AUGGCCAGCGAGACUUCGCCCGCUCCCUCAGAAUAUCUUACAGAAGCCCAAUUCGAAACCACAGAUUCGCUAGAGGAGUUGACUGAAAUCGAAAAUGCGGAUUCACGAGAGCGGUUGACCGAAGCUGAGAUAAUAGCCUCUACUUAUUUAUAUCGCAAUGAAUCAAUUAAAAUCCUCGCACUAAAUAUACUAAAACAAUCCGACGAAAUCAAGUUCAAUGAUAUCACAAUUCCUGAACAGAAACCCUGUAUAUGCUGUAAAGGCAAAAUUCUUUCGACACCCCCUACACCGAUUACUAUUUUAACCUGCGGGCAUGUGGUCCAUCGAACAUGUGUUGAGAAAUUUCUUGUAAAUAAACCAGACCCAAUUUGCCCUGAUUGCGGUAAUUUUUUUACUGGCUCAGAACCGCAAUUUUUACUUCAAGCAAACGAGAUUAAUAUGGCUAAAAUGGAAGUCAGGCCCAGCAAAAAACCUCGUGAAGAUGAGAAAGAAGAGAAAGAAUCCGGUGUUCUGAAAAGACUCAUCAAAGAAUUGUCCGCCGAUAUUUCCGAAAUUUCUGAAGAGGGGAGUAAUGAAAAAUCCAGUGGUGAAUCCCAGCCUCAUAAUUUUUUAUAUUUCUUUAGUAUGAUCACCCAUGCUGAAUCGAAAAAUGAUACUACGAAUCGAGAAGUAAUUAGUCGGUAUUUUGACUUUGGCAAAGCUUUAAAAGAACGACAUAAAGAAAUUAAAAAAACUCAUAAUAGUAGUGCGUCUAGAGCUCUUCUCAAUCUCGAGCUACCGUUUUUGGUGGUUUAUCAAGUAAUGAACGAAGAAGCAUGGAUUGCAAAAGAAACUUUAAGACAACUAUUACAUCAAUCAAUUUCAGCAGUUUUGCCUUCAUACACGCCCGAUUCAGACAAACACCGAAAGCUUCUUGGAUUGCCGUUGAAGUUUUAUGAUGCCUUUGAAGGAGUAUGUAGUCUCCGCGAUUUUGAAGUUGCAGGACAAGAAGAAGAUCUACCCACCGAGAAGAUUGAAAAUAACUUGCGAAUAUUGAAGGGCAACCUUAAAAAAAGUAAAGCUCGAUACGCCAAAUCUUUACGAAAAUGUGUAGGUAAGGUUAAAUCUUCAGAACUUUCAUGGCGCGAUCCACUCGCAAGUCAGGUUCUUAGUAGUGAAAUGGAGAUGGUUAAGCAAUUACCGAAAGAAGAGUAUGAGUCUUUCAUGGAACCGGUAAAAUACAUGCAAGCACCUCCACCUUCUUCAAUCAAACCAAUAUGCGAUGAAUUCGUAUCAAACUAUGACGAUGGUACUAUGGAGAUUCCCCCUCAAAAACUUUCACAUGUAAAUUGGUGGGAGAGGGGAGAGGUUCUUAGGAAUAUCACAGUUAGAAUUCUUGAAACUCUGGGUGAUAUUUGGAAAAACCCAGCUUUUAGCCCUAAAUUCGCUAAAACCCAAAGUGAGGGGACAUAUGUGACGGAUAUUAUUGUCCCUAUCAUUCGAGCCACACUAAAAGAUCUACCAAUCGGAAAAUCUGCAUAUAUCAGCACGGCAGAACGUCAAAGUGUGGCUAGCAAAGACAGAAGAGGUGAAAGAGGAAAACGUCCAGAUAUUAUGUUCAUAGUUAAGCAUGAGGAUAGAAUCUAUGAAUUAAUAUUUGCCGAAUGUUCACGUAUUGUUUGUGGUGGCACCAAAGAAGAAGAUGAUAGACAUAAAACUCAGCUGGAGACUCGCCAGUUAACGGAAAAUGAAACUCGUCAAUAUAUUAUAUCCCAAUGGAUUUCCGAAGAUUUUCUUGCUAGCGAUCUUAAACCGAGUAAAGUUUUACAACCUGCUACCUUUUUGGAUCCCCAGUUUACCUUUCUCGAAAAGUUUCUUGAGAAGAGACGGCAGAGACAAGUUGUUCGAUGGUUGCUCAACCAGGGUUUACUUCCAUCCAAUGCUAUAAAAACCAGUACUUAUAUACUCGACUUUGCUGUACUAUCUAACCACCAUCUCGAAAUAGUUUCGAACGCAAUUCAGGAGAAUUUAUACAGAAAUGAUACUAGAAAGAAGUCUUUAUCACCCCAAACCGUCCAAGUGAUUCCAACUUCUUCUGCGAUACCCCAAGAGUUUAUGCGUUUACUCGAAUCAGAGAUCUUUAUUCUAGCGGAUCAAGGGUAUCAGCACGUUUUUAAUCCGCAAUGUUUUGCGAACAGUUUUGGGGAAAGUGUGGUGGAUUUUUUUGAUAUUGGUAGAAUAUCUGCAAGGGAAUCAGAAGCGGUUGUAGACAGAUACUGUAAACAUAUGUUCGAUGAUCCCACACACCAGUCCAAGCAAUUUAAAUCUGAUUUGAUAGAACAUUUUGGAUGUUUUACCGACAGCAACAAUAUGCCAUACACCACAACAAACACCGCCUCUUCUCAUCACAAAGCACAUCAAAAAUGUGUUCAAGAUUUGAUAAAAGGGCUUCAACCGAUUUCUGGGUCAGUUAAUAAGUAUCUCGAAACCACUUAUCCAGUUUUAUAUUCUAAGAUGAAGAAACUUGAUCUUGGGCCGAAUGUUCCGAACUCUUUUGGUGUUUUUCCGACGGUUGCUGUUAAUUAUAAUAUUAUUUGCCAAUUCCAUCGGGAUAUGAAGGAUCAUCGAAACUCCCUCUGUGUGGUUUGCCCGCUUGGGAAAUUCAAAGGAGGAGAAUUGGUAUUUCCCGAGUUGAAGUUGGUUGUCCACGUUAAACAAGGGCAAGCGGUGGCCUUUAGAUCGAACCUUUUGAUUCAUGGGAAUCUCCCAAUUGUCGCUGGAACUCGGCAUAGCGUCGUUUUUUAUAUCCACAAUACGGUGAUUAAACAAAAACGAAAGUUUGGCUCUCUUUUUGCUGAUUAUGAGUUGGACUGGGAUAAUAGCGAUGGGAACUCGUCACUACCAAAAUAUCUUCCUCCGACGCUAGGUUCUGGAGAUAAUACUCAUAAACCAUUGGAAGAUGAGGAGAUCGAUGAAUUCCUGGAUUUAAAGUGUAAGGAAAGGGUAAGUGAAGAGAUUAUCCAGAUUAUUAAAGAAAAGAAACUUCGGGAUCAAGAGGUGUCUUCAGGAAGUCAAGACACUUCUCCAGAAGAAUUGAUUUCCCCUCCAUUGCCUUCUAUCCAUAAUGAAAAUUCUAAUCCUGAAGUGAAACUUUCUUAUUCAGAGUCUAAAUCAUCUGCUAAUCUAUUAUCCAAUCAGAAAAUUCCCUAUAAUCAAAAAGUAGAGCGAGGUUUAAGGCAUGAGCUAUUUAUUUGCACUAAAGAGAAUAAUAAUAAGUCUAGUAAAGUAUUUGAUAUUCAGAUUCCUGAAUUCACUUUAGAAACGAUUUUAACAGGAUCUAGUAAGGUCACAUCACAAAAUAUAGUUGAUCUAUUUAGGGUAGCAAUGAAGGUUCGACAAAAAGAAAGUUUGUGCUGGUAUUGUUAUUAUAAAGCGUACGAAAACCGUGUCAGUGAUGUUAAGUCUGCGAAUGAUAUUGAUGACCAAUCAGCAAGAACGAUUGUGUAUAAUGAAAUCAAAUUGCUUCUUCCAGAUAUUACUGAUGUAAACUUGCAUAAAAUAACUUCCAGAGCUAAAAAAGUCUAUGUGUUAUACGAAGGAAUAGGAAUAGAUAAAAUUAGUCAAGUGACUUAUAGCGCAAGUGCUAUCUCAAGUCUAAAGGAUAUUCAAAUUCAAAAUAUUAUAAACGAUUUUUCCAAGAAGUCGAUUGAUACAAAUAGCCAAAAAGUGAUCGGCGUGACAAAUUGUCACGCGCAUAUGCCAGAUCCAUCUAGCACAAAUGAUAUAUCAAACACUAAGGUAAAUCUAUCUCCCGUUUCUGUCGAUUUGAAAAUUAAGGCGAGUGAAGAAGCCAAGAAAGUAUUACCGGAAACUGAGAUAAAUGUAUUGCCUUCAGAUACAAAAACCAAUGUUAAUAAACCACUUGUAUCUCGACCUCCUAUCUCUAUUUUACCUGACGAUCCGAAAGAGAAACAAAAACAUGUUAUCAAAAUGGCAUUGGAACGGUUUCCCGUUUUAUCUUUGAAAUAUAGUAAUGAAUCUGGCGAUUAUUUUAACAGUUCAGAGGAAAUAAAUCACCGGGUUAAAAAAGAGCUGGAUAUUUUAUGUCGACGAUUACUUGAAUAUAAUGAAAAAACUUUUGGUUCUUUUAUGCUAGAAAUCACUAAACAGCAUGAGGAGCGGGUCGAAGCCAAUAAGAAAUUGCGAUCUGAGGUUGAAGAAAAGAAGAUAGAAUUACAACAGGCAGAAAAAUACCUUGAAUAUCUGAAAUCUCGCUCUACUCAUUAG